AUGAAGAACGAGAAUAAAGUUGACGUCAGGGUGUUGAAGGUCGAACUCCAGCAGGCAAAGACAGAUCUCGCCUGUCAGGCUGAGAGGGUCAGGGAGCUCCAAGCUCACCUGCAGAAGGAAAUUAAAAGGAACAUGUUUCUCUCACACAUGAUUGUGAUUCAUACAACUAUGCUGCAGGAGAAGCAGAGCUUGAUUCAGGAAGAGAAAGACAAGUUGGACAGACUGAGAUUCGAUUAUCAGCAGCAAUCUCUGGAAGCAAAACAGUGCAACGAUGCACGAGAGGCUGAUAUUCGUGGGAUAGCGCUUCUGGAAGGACACAUCUUGGAGUUUAACAGCAAGCUCAACAUGGAGAAGAACAACAUAGCGGAACUGGAAAAAGAAACUUCCAGGCUCUCAUACAUGCUCCAGUCAGGGACCCAAAAGAACAAAGCUCUGUUGAAAAUCAUAGAGGAUCAUGUUUCUGAGGUAGAGGAGGGGAAGAUUAUGGAACAGGAGCUGAGAGACCUUCUCGAGAAAGAAAGAUACUUUAGUAAAUGCGAACUUGAGGCAUUAAAUCAAAAUCUACAGGAUCUUGCUGCGGAAAUGAAAGACUUGAAAAAGAAAAACUUAAAGCUAACAAAACUGCUCAAGAUUGAGAAGGACAUCAACGAGGCCAAUGAAAAAGAAGAUACCAGAAUCUUUAUCAGGCUCGAGGAAGAGAUUGGGAGAAGAAGAUUUCUGUCAAAAAAGGAGGAGGGUCUUAACACUGAAAUUCAGAAGGAGGCCAUAAGGAUACUGGAGCUAAAAGAUCAGCUGCAGAAACUAAAUAGUCUCCAUCAGCAGGAAUUAGAGGCAGCGGGGCGAGCUGAAGAGACUCUGUAUCUGGAACUGGAGAAGCUGAAAAUAGCCAACACUGAGAUUCCCACCAAAAUGAAGGCGGAGGAAGCGCUCAGUCAGAAGCUCCAGAUAGAAACCAACCAGCUCUCUGUCCGUCUGGAGGCAGGGUUGCAAGAGAACAAGUAUUUGAUUUCUCUAACUGCCGAGCUGCAGAAGAAGCAGAACUGGAGACUGGGCCUGAACAACUGUCUGCAGAUGGAAAAACACACCCAUCAGCAGAAAGUUGAGGCUCUCCGUCAGGAAUUGGUGAACCUGGAAGACAAUAACCUUGAUGACAUCAUCAAGCUCCGUGCUGUGGAAGUGUCUGAUCAGACCUUCCAGAGAGAAGCUGUCCACCUCCGGGCACAGCUGAGGGAGUGUCAGGAGGAGUCCCUCACACUUUCGGAGAUAGAGCCUGUCUGUGUAGAGAAAGUUAGAAAAAAAUCAAAAAGGCCUCCAUUCCUCAAGCGACUCCUACACUUCUGUGGUUUUUGA